GGAGACAAGCUGACAGGUGCCGCGGAAGUUUACGCACGCAGCGGCGCAUCCCUCCGCCUCUCUUGGUCAGUAUCUGGAAUAAAGAGGCUCUGACUGGCGGUCAUUCGGCUCCCGCUGAUCCUGUGGUUGUCCCAGCCUCGGCCUCCGGAGCCCCAACACCUGUGACUCUUCUCUUCCUCUCUUUGACCAGCAGCCAUAGCUCACAGUGGCGAGGCCAGGGACAAUGGGACGCAAGCUGGACCUAUCGGGGCUAACAGAUGACGAGGCCGAGCAUGUGCUGAAAGUGGUCCAGCGUGACAUGAAGCUGCGAAAAAAAGAGGAGGAGAGGCUGAGUGAGAUGAAGCAGGAGCUCGCGGAGGAAGGCAGCAGAUGCUCCAUCCUUUCUAAGCAGCACCGUUUCAAUGAGCACUGCUGCAUCCGCUGCUGCGCGCCCUUCACCUUCCUUUUCAACCCAAAGCGUCAGUGCCUGGAUUGCCAGUUCAACGUGUGCAAGACUUGCUGCACCUACAGCAAGAGGGACAGAGCCUGGCUGUGCUCGGCGUGCCAGAAGGGCAGGAUUUUUAGGACGCAGUCCCUUGAAUGGUAUUACAACAAUGUAAAGAGCCGCUUCAAGAGGUUUGGUAGUGCAAAGGUUCUGAAGACUCUGUACAGGAAGCACAUCAUCGAGAGAGGAACGUUCUCUGAUCUCCCAGAAAGCAGCGUUAACGACGGCAGCAAUGACAACGAUGGAAGCCUCUGCGGCAGCGACUCCGUCUUCUACAGGCAGAGCGAAGGACACAGUAUGGCAGAGACCCUCACAGUCGCCCUGCGUGUUGCUGAGGAAGCUAUAGAGGAGGCCAUUGCUAAGGCUGAGGAGUUCCGGGAUAGUUUGGAGAAACAGAAUGAGGCUCGAUAUCUACGGGACCACAAAGAGGAGCUCAUAGAGGAACUCGCAACAACAAUUGUACAAAAAAUCAUUCAGAGGAGGAAGCGAUCAGAGAUGCAGACAGAGUAUGACUUUGUCUGGCCACAACCCCAAUCUCUAAUCCAGACCAGCGAGCUGCCAUCUCCUUCUCAACCUCACACUUCAUCACAAGACCCUCUAAAGACCCCCUACCCUCUCUGGCGGUCCCGCUCAGCAUUCUCCCUCACCAGUGACGACUCCCCUGUAAAAGGUCCAGAGGAGGAGGAGGAGGCUGCUGCUGCAGGUGGUGGCAGCAGUUUGCACGAGUACGCUUCUCUAAAGAGGGAGAGCAAGGCUGCAUCCUUACCUAACUGGAAAAGCAUGGAUCGCUUAGACAACUCAAGUACAUCGUCGGUUUUGCAGAGCCCAGAUGGGAACUGGAUUGCUCUCCACAGUUCUCAGCUUUCCCGACCGAGCCUGCUCACCAAGAGGAAGAGCUUAGUGUUCAGCGUGCUGGAGAAAGAGUCCAGCGUGGUCUCUGCUUAUGACGAGAUGGGAUCUGACUCAGAAGAGGUGGAUGAAGGCGGCUGGGGCGCGGCCCUCAAACAGUUUCAGCGCAAAUUGUCAGAUGAGACUUACUACACGGACUCGCAGCACGACCCUGAGUGGACUUACACCCAGCACCCUCCCGUUACCUCGCCAUCCUCUGGCUUGUACACCAACACAGAGACCCUCAACUCAGACUCAGAGGCUUCAUCAGUGCUGUCUGCAUGUCCUCGCAAACCAACUCACAACUUGUCGAGGAAGAAAGGAGCACCCGAUUCUCACCUGCACCCUCAUCAACAGCUGCUGUACCAACAGCACUUUCAGCAGAGCUUAUCUCCAUACUUACCCCACACAGAGGCACUGGACGUUAACUUUAAUCCCAAGAUAAUGGGGGACAGCAGCGAAGCAGAAGACAGGCAGUGUGUCCGAAGAUCACGGAGACGAAGGAAAAGCAAAAAGGAGUCAUCAACGGAGCAGAACAAGCCUGGAGGCCAGGACCAUGCACAGUCCAUUUACCCUUUAGCACAGGAGAACAGUGGUUUUCUACUCAACGCCCUGCUGAAAAGAGGCUUAAGUGAAGAGCAGCCAGGGCCUGACAGUAACUCAGCACCACUAAUUGCUCCAGAUCCCCUCAAACUAGAUGCAAUGACUGUGGAAGCAGGGGUCUUGGAUGUUGUAGCUCCAAAUUCUCCAUCCCCAAACGCUGCUCAGUCCAGCUCAGUGGCCCCGGAGUCAGAAAUAGUAUAUAGGGGCUCCAGGCCUGGAUCAGGUUCUGGAGAUCACCUGGAAGAAGAGAUUCGGUCCCGGAUCAGUGAGCUGGUCAGCCGAGGGAACAGCAAAGACAGCUCCUCAUCUGAUGAAGAGGACAAGCUGAUGGAAAAAGACAAUGAGAAUCACAGAGAUAAGCCAAGACCAAAGCAAACAGAGAAGCAAAGACUGCGUACGAGUGUCAAGAGAGAGAAAGAAAGUGAAGUGAUGGAACAAGUAAAUGGGCAAAGGGCUACCAGGUUAACGAAGAGUGCCUCAGUAAGAGAGGAAAGGAGAGUUCAGGAGAGAGUGUUGGAGAAAAGAGCAGAGAGUUUUGUAGAGAAAGUAGUUGAGAAAGAGCAGAAAAGAGGAGAGGUUAACAGAGUGAGUAAGAAACAGCGUAAAAAAGAUGGAGAGAAGGAAGCAGCACAGAAAGGUGGUGCAAAGAGGAGUGGAUCCAGCGCAAGUUCACCUGCUGUUACACCUUCUUCCCAGGAGGGGGGGCUGUCAAACAACCAGCAGGUGGGACAGAAUGACUUUGAACAACAGCAGAAGCUUCAGUUGCUCUCUUCUGUCAUACAGCAGCAAAAGUAUUCAGCGGCUUCGCUGUGCAGCAUCACCACAGAAGUGCUGAAGGUUUUGAAUGCAACAGAGGACCUGAUUGGAGAGGCUGGUGGUGAGAGCUACACCCCGUCUGAGUCCAUGAGUGCCUCUCCCAUAUCCAGCAGCUCUGACACACGCAGGCUGGACCAGAGGCUUACCCAGAUGGAGGAGAAUGUGUACCUGGCUGCUGGAGCUGUGUAUGGCCUGGAGGGGGCACUGGGGGAGUUAGAGCAAUGUGCCAGGAGUAUUAGCAGGGGGACUACAGACACCGAGCUGGCUUUCCUGGAGGACCAGGUGGCCACUGCAGCAGCUCAGGUCCAGCAGUCUGAACUAAAGAUAUCAAACAUCGAAGCCAGGAUUUCAGCUCUGAAGACAGCUGGCUUAAAUGUGACUGUCUGCAAUCGUUUCUCAAAGGUCAAGCCAAACUCCAAGCCUGAAACACUGGACUCGUCACGCCAUCAGAGGAGGAAACUCCCAGCACCUCCAUUAAAAGAAAAGUUGGAGUCAGAGCAGCAGGUUCGGCCAUAGAGACAAGCAGCAGCACAAGUCCCUCAGGGCCACUUUACAGAGCCUCAGGGACAAGGGCCCUUCACAUCUAGUGCCUUGACCCAGCAUCUGCCUCCAACUCUAAGCCAAGCAGGGACCGGCGCCUGCCCAGUGUUCUCCACCCUCAACCAACCACAACAGUGUCACCUCACAGGAAAACAUUACUGGCUGUUUCUUUUUAUCAUCAUACUCAGUAUUAUCUCCCUCAGUGCACUCAUGUAAGCUGAUUAGCAUUUGUUUUUUCUGCCUUAAAAUCUGCAAACAAUCCUCAUGUUACGUAAAACUAUAAAUAUAUAUGUAUAUGUACAUCUGUACAUACAGAAGAAUGCAUUGAUGGUUUCUUUAUCUGUUUGCAAGAGUGUUGUCAGUUGAUGUAAAAUGAAGAUGUGGAAAGAUCACUUUGUGAUUUCUGUGUUUCAGUGUCCUAACACAAAAUGACAGUGUUUAUACUGUAGUUUUUUUGUUUUUUUCUCUCAAACUAAAAUAGCAAGAAGAAAGCAAGUAUUCUGCAACACCCAUUAAAAUUUGUGUUUUUCCCUCUGACAUCAGGUGGCGAUUGCCAAGCCUGACCAGGGUGUAAGUCAGUCUGCUAAGGCUCAGACAUAAACAAGUGAUUUACAGAAAUGAAAACCUGAUUGGUCCAGUCAAAUACAGACUCAACCAAUCACAGUGCUGGAGGCAGGUGUUUACAUUUGCACCAGAAGUACCCAUAACAUAAAAGUGAUUUUCUGUAAUCAUAACGAUCAAGAUUGAGGCUGCAAGAGAGCAAUGCUUAAUUGAUUCCCUUUAUAAUGCCCCAGAUGGAAAAAUAUAAACAACUCUAAGAACUUUUCCUUCUAAAAAACACGAUUUUUGCAUAAUAUCUGUAGUUAUCUGAUUGGUUUUUACCUGUUUCCCCUGGUUCUGUUAGUCCUGCCCUGGUUUGGCUCUCGAAAUCGGUUUCUACCUGCUCCUUUCCUGACUGAUGCAUGUUGUAAAUCAGUCUGACUGGCUAGAUAAGUUAUUCCCACGUUGGGAUUAUUAUAAAAUGAUGAGUAUUUUAACUAUUAAAAAAACUUGCACUCAAUACCUGUAAAAAUAUGCAAAGUAUCAGGGCCAAAAAUUAUUUUCCUUUUCCUCCUGCUAAAAUGUGCUUUCGCUCCAAUUAUUACAAAGCACACUUGUAAUAUUAAUCAGUGAGCUGUUGGUGCAAAUUUAAACUAAAAGUUGGGAUAUAUUUUAGAUGCCAGUAUGAAAAUUAUAUGAGAAAUUAAAUUAUCUUUAUUAUCUACAUUUCAUUUCUGACCUAGGAAUUAAAUCACUUGUAUGCUGAUUAAUCUCAAUUUUUAUGUGUUAGCAACACUCAAUAAAUGUGUUGCAAAUAAGAGGUUGUAGGGUGCCAUGUGUUUCACGGGUAUAACAAGAAACAGUUAAUAAAUAGACCAUACCCACACAUUUUACUGUAUUAUAUAGACCUGGCAGUCACAUUAUACAUAUUCAAUUAUUAAAUAUAGUUAGGAAAUCUCCAAAUUUCCACAUUGUUAUUUCUUGGUGUUUUUCAAGCUCCACGUUGAAUUAAAAAUCCUAUUUAGUCCAAAUGAAACACAGCAUUAACUGUAUAAUAAGGAGAAAACAACUGAAUGUUAAAGUAGAUGAGAUGAAAAGCUUAUUCUACCAUAGUUUAUGACAGUUUAGAAUGUUUUUAAGCUUGAAGAUUUAUUUCAUUUUCUUUGUUUUUCACUGAUUCGAAUGAACUAAAAUGGCAUCCAGGAAGUUUAGAUAUACUGAGGAUGUAGCUGCAAUGAAUUAUUCUGACAUGACUCAACUCCAGUAUGUCUCUCUUUAAGUUAAGUUCAAUGUAAAUGGCAAACUUAGAGAAGAACAUGGCCUACCUGCAGCAGACAAAGCCAUGGAGGCUCUGACUUCCAUCUAGCUGAGCUAUGCAUACGGAAAGGAAUGUAAAGCUAUUCUAAAUCUGUAUAAGUAGAUUAAAUCAACCAAAACUGGAAUCCAGUAUGUCUCACUUUGAAGUAGCAGGAAAUAGGAUUAGAUUUUUUUACAGUGCAGAUUAUAUAAAAGGUUAAAUCUACUACCACUACUACCAUUGAAUCCUAGUAUAUCUAGAUUAAACUUCUGGGUUAAAAUAUCACAAGUUAUAAAUACAGUAUCACAUAAGUAGGGAGCAACUGCUAAUGCAGCGGGAAAACCUCAAGUGAGUUUAGUUUAGCUGGGCAUACACUGCGUGAUAUUCAAUUGUUGCACUCAGCUACAGCUCAAACUGUACGACGAAACCGCAGGUUAUCCUGUAUAAAAGUUCACUGCACAUGAUGCAUGUUCUUACACUGUGCGACCCGACGCUCUGAUACGACCUUACGAUGACUGACUUAAUUUUUAUGUUUGAUUUUCUCUAGCCCUCACGAUUCCUGAUCGGGUGGGUGGUCAUGUGAGGCUGAUGGCCCCUUGUUACCCCCUGUACACUACCAGGGGCGGAGCUAGAUGGGGAGCCAAUUUUUUUUCAACUCUAAUAAGGAUGGUGGCAACAGUAAUACUCUCAAGUGGAAUAACAUAUUAUUUUUUCAUAUAUUAACAUUUACUUGACAACAAAAACAUUUUGGUUAAUUAUACACAUCAAUAUACUAAUAUUAAAGAUGAUACUGUAAGCACAGAAUUCAUGCUCUUUUCAGAACUAGAUUUUGUGUUAUAUGGGGUAAAGAGAAAAUGGUUCGUUUCUGCAAGUCAUAUAGGAGUAUUCAGUGAAAUCAUAGAUAAAUAACUAUUUUAAUAAAAACAUAUUAAAUAAUCAAUUUAUGUAGAUAUUGGUACUAACUAUAACUUUUUUGCAGAAUGAUUACGGAUAAAAGGAAACUAAUGACAUAGGAAAAGAUGUUCGUCCCAGAUCUCAAACCUGAAUAAAUUGCAUAAACUAUACCUUUUAGCUAGGAAGAUGUUUAAAUAUAUGUGUCUAUUUUUUUAGCAAAGGCUGUAAGAAAGGAUAUUUUGUUUUUAUUUAGAAAAUAUGGAUGUUGUGCUCAUUU